AAAUGAGGGUCUACAUCUUUCUCGUGCUGAUAUCUCUGACAGCUCUCUGCCAAGCGGCGGGCCGUGGUCCUAGCCAUAGUGUCACUUGGGGUACACGCUCCUUCCGGGACACGCAUAUUCGGCGGGAGAUCAUCUCGAUGAAGUCCUCGUUUCUGAGAGUUGUCACAAGAGAUUAUACCUUCAAUCAGAAUCAGAAACUGGCGAGAAUCAUUACCCAAAUCGUGAUCACCGACCAGAUCCGCGACGGGCAGGGCGGCUAUGCCUAUUUGCAGGAAGGCGGCCCGCAGUCCACCUAUGCGAAGAUUCACUUUAAGAGUCAGCGGGGCAAAGGCUUCAGCUUCAUCGUGGAUUUCUAUGGCCUUUAAUCCGGCAUUUAAUGGAUACUUUUAACUAUGCACGUAUUGCAGCUCCACUCGGAUUGUUUUGAUUGUUUGUUUAUGGCCUGUCAAUAUUUAUCCAACAUUUAUACUGCCAAACUGCCAAAGGGUUUGUUUAGUCAGUUGGUGCCCUCGAAUGACUCUAAUUUCAUGUCGGCUUAUCCAAUACAACAUUUAAAUAUAUACAAUGUACAAGAG